AUGGAGAGUCAGACGACUGUCCCAGACACGCCAGGGCACCAGGUGGAGGUGGACUCCCUCAUUGUAGGCACCGGGCCUGCGGGCUCAUCUUUGGCGUGCUUCCUGGCAUACCAUGGACUAAAGGGCCUGGUGGUCAAUUCGGCGUCGUCUACUGCGGACACGCCGAGAGCACACAUCACCAACAUGGCUGCGCUUGAGUGUUUCCGAGACAUUGGGCUGGAAGAGGAGCUGACGCGGGUUGGCCAUGGCGGUGAGGCUAUGCAGCAUACUCGAUGGUGCUACAGCAUGGCUGGCGAGGAGAUGGCGAGGGUAUAUUCAUGGGGCUCAGAUCCGCGUCGCAAGGGCGACUACGAGCUUGCCAGCCCCUGUGAGCCGAUAGACCUCCCGCAGACUUUGCUUGAGCCCGUCUUGGCAACACACGCCGCUCAGAAAGGGUUCAGGAUUCGGUUCAACACAAGCUUCGUGAGCUUCGCCCGAGACGGUGCUGGUCGUAUAGUGUCAACCCUGUACGAUGAAGUUCUUCAACUUCAUUUUACAGUGCGCUCCAAGUAUCUCUUCGGAGCCGAUGGUGCGCGGAGUAGAAUCAUGAAGCAACUGCAAGUCCCCAUGAUUGCCAAGCCCGGGAAAGGUGUCGCUAUAAACGUCCUUGUUCGAGCAGAUUUAUCAAAUCUCAUCACUCACCGGAUGGGAAAUCUGCACUUCAUCCUUCAGCCCGACCGGCCGCACCCUCUAUUCGGAUGGCUUUGCAUCGCGAGAAUGGUUAAGCCCUGGCAUGAGUGGAUGUUUAUUCUCUUCCCGCAUCAGCAAGCGCGGAGUGAAGAGCCCUCCGAGGAAGAAUAUGCAAAACAUGUUGGUGCCCUGAUCGGGGACCCAUCCAUCGACGUCAAGGUUCUCGGCAUCUCGCCGUGGAAUAUUAACGAGAUUGUGGCCGAAAACUAUUCCUCAGGCAAUGUAUACUGCCUUGGUGAUGCCGUCCACCGACAUCCGCCAAUGAACGGAUUGGGAUCAAACACUUGCAUCCAGGAUGCCUAUAAUCUUGCAUGGAAGAUAGCAUAUGUUGAAAAAGGACUUGCCGAUCCGUCGUUGCUAGAGUCAUAUUCCAUCGAGAGACAACCUGUGGGCUUAUCAAUCGUGACUCGCGCGAAUGAGGCCUUCGGCCAUCAGAUGAAGGUAUGGGAAUCGCUCGGCUUAUUGACUGCAGAUCCGGAGGAUCGCAACAAGGGUAUGCAAGAGCUUGGCCUCUCGACACCUGCUGGUGCCGCUCGACGAAAGGCGUUUCAAGCUGCAAUUAAAAUGACACGCCAUGAGUUCCAUGGUCUUGGGAUCGAAAUGGAUCAGCAUUACCUUCAGGGAGCCAUCUAUCGAGAUGACGAGCCACCUAGUGCCACGCAAAACGUUAGUCCCAACGCUAGUGCUCGGGUCCUAGAGUACGCGCCAAGUACAAUUCCUGGGCGGCGCCUACCACAUGUGUGGCUCAACGUUCCUUGCCCAGAGGCAAACGUAUCAACCCACGACCUCGCUGGGAAAGGCGCCUUCUGUCUUUUCACAGGGCCAGGAGGAGAGAAUUGGAAAGGCGCGGCGGCAAAGGUUAGCAGCAAGUAUUCUGUGCCUAUUAAUGCCUUCUCUAUUGGAUAUCGCCAGGACUGGGAAGACGUCUACAUGGAAUGGUCUAGAGUACGGGGAGUAGAAGAAAGCGGGUGUGUUCUAGUGCGACCGGAUCGGUUCGUCGCAUGGCGCAGCAAUGAGCUUUUGGCCAACGAAGAGGCCUGUGAACAGAAACUUGGGAUGGUUAUGAGCUUCUUGCUGAAACGGUGA